AUUCACCCGUUACAGUAGUGCCGACAAUAAAAACUGCACAGCUUUUUGCUCUACAGAACCAGGAUUAUUUUAGCAAGACCAAGCAUGACAUAGCAUUGCCGCGAAGUUGCAGAUUUGUCAAGUGGGUUCAUGUAAAUUCUAUUGCCAGGUGUAGACAUUAAACAUGGCCACUCACUACCGGCAAAGUAGUAGCCUGUCAUCACAAAAAACGGCUGAAGAGAAAAUUCCAGAACUCAAAGGCAUCCUAGAAGAGCUAAAGCAAUCUGGAAAAUUAAGUAAAAGAUUCAGGAACGCCACAGAGAAAUAUUUGCAAGAACUAAAUGAGAUUGAAUGCAAGACACCAUUAGAGACUAGUGAAGAAGAGACAGAUGAAGUGAAUUAUGGAUUAGACUAUAACACAAUUAAAAUAAUUCACGAUUGGAAAAACGAGAAAAAUAGAAAGGAGAGUGUCGAUGAAUGGCUACAAAAAUGCGGCGUUUCUCAAGAAACGGUUAAUAUUCUUAGAGAUGAAGAAAUUGAGGAGGAGCACAUUCCAGAUUUAACGAUGGCCAGUUUAAUGAAGAAAGGCGUAAGUUACAGUGAGUGCCUUAAACUGCAAGCAAUUUUUGAAGAAUACCAGAGCACAGAUAUAAAAUUACCAAAAAACGAAGGUCUUGACCCUGAAUCUAGUGCAGGAGAAUGUGAAAGCCUUGUCAAUAAAUCACGGGUGAUGAAGGUCUACAACGACCCAAUCCACGGCCAUAUUGAGGUGAACCCAGCAUGCCAGGCCAUCAUAGACACGCCCAUCUUCCAGCGUCUCAGGUUCAUCAAACAGCUGGGCAUGGUCUACUAUGUCUAUCCUGGGGCGGGACACAACAGAUUCGAACAUUCGCUGGGAGUCUACCACUUGGCUGGCCAGUUUGUUAGAAAUUUGAGGCAAAACCAACCAGAGCUAGACAUAACAGAAAAUGACAUUCUUUGUGUUGAGAUUGCCGCUUUGUGUCAUGAUCUGGGGCACGGACCAUUUUCACACGUUUUCGACAAUUUGUUUUUAACUGCCAUUGCAGAAGAAAAGAAAAAAAAAGAAAAAGAUAUUCUUCAGAGGAAGCUAAAUGAAGUGAAUAAACAAAUUGCAAAGUCAGAAGAAAAAGGAAACGAAAAGACAGUUCUACAUGAAGAGUUGGAAGUUUUUAAAAAACGCAUUCAAAAAAUGGAAGCGGAAGAAAUUGUAACUAAAGAUUUACAUGAAAAACUUGACAGUAUGAAAACAGUCCUAAAAGCAGCUAUACCGAAUAGAAGUGUGGAGCAGGAUCAGUUAUUAACAGAACAGAAGAAGUUAAAUACACUACUUGAGACCUUAAAGGAAGUACAUAUCACAAAGCAUGACAAAAAUGCCGUUGAACAAUUUGAUCAUCUGUGUGAGUACGUAGCCUUUGAGAAAUACGGACUUACUGAAGAGGACAAACUAUUUAUAAAGGAGAUGAUUGGUGGGCCUUUGGAGAUAACUGGUACACAGGCAUGGCCGUACGUAGGAAGACAAGAAAAUAAGGCUUUCCUGUACGAGAUUGUCUGCAACAAACGCAACAGCAACGACGCCAACAUCUGGGACUACUUAGCCCGAGACUGCCACCAUCUUGGUUUUUACAACAACUUUGACUACAGCCGUUUUAUGAAGUUUGCCAGGGUCCUUGAUGAGGAUGGGGAACUGCAGAUCUGUAUUAGAGAUAAGGAGAUCGCCAACCUGUACAACAUGUUCUACACCCGCUACACACUACACAAGUACGCCUAUCAGCACAAGGUCAAUCGUGGACUGGAAAUUAUGGUUACUGACGCCCUCAAGCUUGCCAAUGAUGUGGUUACAUUUGACGGAAAAACGCGAAAGAAGUUACCCAUUUCUGAAUGCAUCAAUGACAUGGUUGCUUUUACGCAACUGAACGACAAUAUUCUCUUCAAGAUCCUCUACUUCAAGGGAGAAAGUAAAGAACAAACCGCUAAUUUGAAAAAAGCUAAGAAACUUAUUGAAAGGAUUUUCAAACGCGAUCUUUACACUUGUGUUUGGGAAAGCCUGCCCUUGUCUCCUAAAAGUUUUCAGAGCAAGACUGAACCCAUUGAAUCUUUGGAAAAGUGGUUGAAGCCUUUAGUUGAUAAAAACGAAAUUAGCGCAGAUGGUUUUAUGAUUAAGCUUACAAAUUUUGAUUUUGGAAUGAAAGAAGAAAAUCCUGUUGAGAGACUUAAGGUUUACUCCAAAAAAUCGCCAAACAAGGCGAGAUUUUUUACUAAAGCUGAGAGCAGUAUAAUCAUGGGACCAGCUAAAUUCAAUGAAAUAAUCUUGCGAGUUUACCUGGUGAAUCAUGACGAACAAAAGAGCAAGAAGCUGCAGGAUCAAUGCAUUCUGUGGUAUGACGACUGGACCACAAAGCAAUUAGCGAGCCUUCAGGAUGAGAAGAUUAGCGAUUUCCGAAGUACCCUGGAAAGUGUGUUGAAAGGGAACCAGGAAACGUUAAAACAGCUGGCCGCUGCUUUUUAUAAGAACAAUUAGGCUAAUGAAACCGUUAAAUUAAAUUUGUCAUGGAAAUUUUGAAUAGCUUCUACCUUGAACACAGAAAUAUAAACUCAAUGUUGCCAUUAUUUUAUUAUUAAACGUGUAUUUUGCUAUAAAGUUUUAAAGUUGAAAUUUGCUCAGCCCGUGCAUGCAAUGUCAUUAUGUUAGCCGUAACUAGUAAAAGCAAAUCUUUCUAGCCAAACAAAAUAUUUACUCUACAUUAGCACUACUGUAACACUGAUUUAUCAUGGCUACUGUCUUGUUUAUGUCAAAAGUCUUAAUUUAUGUAUUAUACUGCAAUUGUUUGUUACCUCUCACUGAUUUUGAACUAUAUUAUCAAUGUUAAACAAAAUUCGAAUCCUCUAAUAUUCUAAAGUCGUACAAUGCCAAGAUUUUCGGUUUGUGCUUUUGAUGUUUUACUUAUUUCUUGAUCAUUCAAACUUGUGAAUAUUUCUGUUGCUAGUAGUGUUUAUAUAAAGACUUGUGAAGUGGUUUGAUAACUCUUCGUGUUUUGUUUUGUUUUAAGUUCUUUUGUAAAAUUUAGUACAAAUACAUUUAAAACAAGACUAAAAAACAACAAUUAUUUCACAAUCUCUUAACAGACUCUCGCCUCAUUUUAAAUUUAUCUGUUCUAUUAUCAUUCCACGAAUGUUUUUUUUUGUUCCAUAUUUUACUACUGUAUCUUUAAUAUUGUAUUAAAAUGUCUUUGAUAUUUUUUUUCUUUAAUAACGACUUUGUGUAAAAAGGCCUUCGUUGUAACCGAUUCAAAAUAAAGUUGUUUAUUAUUAUUAUUAAUAUUAAUUUUUUGAAAUAUUUGACAUGUGUAUUUAAUAACAGCAUCAAAAUAACUUUGUAAUUAAAUGGCCCAAGUGAUUUAAAAUGAUAUCAAAUAAUUACUUUGUCACGCGAGAGCAUUUAAAACAAGUUCGGAAAUAACGAUUUUACAUAGGCCUACACGUUUUACAUUAAGACCAAUGUUGUAAUAUCUAGCCCUGAAUAUAUAUAUAUAUAUAUAUAUAUAUAUAUAUAUAUAUAUAUAUAUAUAUAUAUAUAUAUAUAGUUUGAACAAAUGUAGUUUACAGUAGCCACGCUCAAAUUCUAAAAUAUGUUUCGAUUGUAUUUGCCUCAGUGAUUUAACAACUUCGUGAUCAAUGAUUGUACUGGCAAUUGUGAACAUUUGCAAGCAAGAGGAUGAGAAAGUAUUCUUGGUUAUGAUAAUUGUGUUAAUUUUUUUUUUAAAGA